ACCUCGAGAUGACUAGCACCGGGAAUUGAAGCAGUGAGCCCGUACCUACCUAUCUACUACUACUAUAUGCCACUCCAAAUACUCGCAGAAUUAAACGGUAGUCUUUGUCACUUAAUUGGCGCCGAAGCCUCAUAUAUACUACGUAUGUGUUAACCUUGCGAAGCUGCAAUGUUGCACUUGCACUGCACUCGCCUCGCCGCGAUCUGAUCGCCAUGGAUCACGUCCUCGCCUGCGUCGGCAUCCUCGUCGCCUUCACGCCGCUGUUCCUCCUUGCCGUGCUCCCGCUCAAGCUGACGAACGGCGGCGACGGGGUGAAGCUGCCGCCUGGCCCGUGGCGGCUGCCGGUGAUCGGGAGCAUGCACCACCUGAUGGGCGAGAGCCUCGUCCACCGCGCCAUGGCCGACCUCGCGCGCCGGCUCGACGCGCCGCUCAUGUACCUCAAGCUCGGGGAGGUCCCCGUCGUGUUGGCCUCGUCGCCGUGCGCCGCCCGCGAGAUCAUGCGGGCGCACGACGUCGCGUUCGCGAGCCGGCCGCUGAGCCCCACCGUGCGGCGGAUGCGCCCCCCCCCCCCCCGGCGACGGCAGCUCCGCAAGAUCUGCGUCGUCGAGCUGCUCAGCGCGCGCCGCGUCCGGACGUUCCGCCGCGUCAGGGAGGAGGAGGUGGCCCGCCUCGUGGGCGCGCUCGUGUGUUUGGCCCAUGUGGCCCAGAAGUGGUUGUAUAGUGGUGGUUUAGAUCUCUUUAGUGGAGGGAGUGAGACAUCUGCAACCGUGAUCCAAUGGGCCAUGUCGGAGCUCAUGAAGAAUCCAAGGGUUAUGCGAAAGGUACAGGCUGAGUUGCGUGACAAACUAGCAGGGAAGCCAAGGGUGACAGAGGAUGAUUUGUCCGACCUAAAGUACUUAAAGCUCGUUAUUAAGGAGACCUUAAGGCUUCACCCUGCAGCGCCCUUGCUUGUCCCGAGACAAUGCCGUGAGCCGUGCAAGAUCAUGGGAUAUGAUAUUCCAAAAGGUACCACCGUAUUUGUUAAUGCGUCUAUUGGCAGGGAUCCUAAUUAUUGGGAUGAUGCUGAGGUGUUUAGGCUAGAGCGGUUCGCAAAUAGUACCAUAGACUUCAAAGGCAUGGACAUGGAGUUCAUACCAUUCGGGGCGGGAAGGAGGAUGUGCUCUGGUCUAGCCUUUGCGGAAGCUAUUAUAGAUCUACUGUUUUCUACCCUGCUCUUCCACUUCGACUGGGAGCUCCCUUGCGGAAUGACAGCAAGUGAGCUGGACAUGAUAGAGGAGAUGGCCCUUACUGUUCGGAGGAAGAACGACCUUCACCUCCGCCCCAUCCUCCGUGUGCCGCAAACUCAAACUUCUUCUGCACUUCUAUUUUGUGAGAGAGCUCAAACUUCUUCUGUAUUUCUGUUUUGAAAGAGAGUUCAAACUUCUGUUUGUUUUGAGAGAGUACUUUUGUUUAUUUUGUUUUGAGAGAGAGAGAGAGCGCGCGCGCUCAAACUUCGUUUGCACUUUUGUUUUGAGAGGGGGAAUGCGCACUUUAUUUCGGUAAAUAAAAUGAAUCACGACGUGGUUUCAUCAGAAAAGAAAUAAGGCUAUAAACUUCAGUGUGAAAUUCUACAAGUCAAAAAAAAAGUUGGUGCAUCUGCAAGAUCCAUUUCUGGGACAUGCGCUCUGACUCACUAAGGCGAUACAGAUUAUUGGAACAAUAGAUUUAUGUUCUGAAACAGGGAUGUUAGAUUUAUGUUUUAAAAAUAGGAAGCUAGAUUAUGCACUUCGAGAAAUGCUUACAGUUUUUUGCACGAUAAAUACACUAAAUCUUUGUACUCCUGUUGUAACACCUUGACUACCAUUAAUAAAAUAGUUAUAAGGUAGAGCCCCUCUACCUUUUUCAGUCAAAAAAUAAAUAAAUACACUAAAGCUGAGCAGCAAAUUCUGUACAAUUUUUCCA